GCGCAUGCGCAACACGCUUUUCCCUUUGGCAGCAACAACAACACAGAGAACGAAGUCAGUCUCGCCCCUCCGCUGUCGGCAACAGCAUCAUUGUCCCCACCGGGUCCGGUGGCAGAGAGGAUGGUCCAGCGGAACCGCAGCCGGGGAUGCGAAUGACAGCCACAGGAUAAUGUCCCUGGAUGUAUGCAAGUUUCCGAAUGAAGUAGUGACCAAGUGAGACGACCGUGGAAGGAAACGCUGAACCAUGUUGCUCUAAGUCGUGACCUGUGGAGUACGGGGGGGUGGAGAAAGAGGAGGAGGAGGAAGAGAGGAGUAGUGAGGCAUUGGCCACAGCUUCGUUUUAGGUGGCCGUUUGCGAGCCCGAAGCGAUGGGAAACACAGCCACCAAGUUCCGCAAGUCCCUUGUGAACGGUGACGAGGCCCUGGCCUGGCAGCUGUACGAGGGCAACCCUCAGUUCAGGGACGGUCUGGACCCAAACGCAUCGUAUGGAGAGCAGUACCAGCACAACACACCCAUGCACUAUGUGUGCCGCCACGCCAUGACACGUCUGCUCAGGUCCUUCCUGUUCAGCAAAGAAGGAAACCCCAACAAGCGCAAUGUGCACAAUGAGACUUGCCUGCAUGUGCUGUGCCAAGGCCCACAGAUCCUGCUGCUGCCAGAGGGAGCGCUGUCACCACGACUGGCCAGACCACAGAGGGACGAGCAGCGCCGUGCAGACUGCCUGCAGAUGAUCCUGAACUGGACUGGGGCCAGGCUAGAGGGAGGCCAGUACGAGAAAGCUAAUGUUAACGCCACCGACAACCACCACAGCACCUGUCUGCACUAUGCUGCCGCUGCAGGCAUGAAGAGCUGUGUGGAGCUGCUGAUCCAGAGUGAGGCGGACCUUUUUGUGGAGGACGAAGACAAGCUGACGCCAUGCGAUCACGCCGAGCGGCACCACCACACCGAGCUGGCCCUCAGCCUGGAGUCGCAGAUGGUUUUCUCCUCCUCUUCAGCUCAGCAGUCACACACAGACGCACACGGUGAAACCAACCUGCUGCAGUACAAGGAGCCUUACGAGGGGUUGAAGAUUCAGGAUCUGCGCAGGCUGAAGGACAUGUUGAUUGUAGAGACAGCCGACAUGCUGCAAGCCCCCCUCUUCACUGCAGAGGCCCUGCUUCGAGCACAUGACUGGGACAGAGAAAAGCUUCUGGAAGCCUGGAUGUCCGACGCUGAGGGCUGCUGCCAGCGCUCUGGUGUCACCAUGCCGACCCCACCGCCUAGCGGGUACAACGCCUGGGACACCCUGCCCUCCCCCCGCACUCCUAGGACCCCACGCUCUCCCCUCACUCUCACUCUCACUUCUACCACCGACAGCUGCCUCACGCCUGGAGAGGAGGGCCUGGCCAUGUGUGGAAUCUGUCUCUGCUCCAUCUCAGUCUUUGAGGACCCAGUGGACAUGUCCUGUGGCCACGAGUUCUGCAGAGCCUGCUGGGAAGGGUUCCUCAAUGUAAAGAUUCAGGAGGGAGAUGCUCAUAAUAUCUUCUGUCCAGCAUAUGAGUGCUACCAGCUUGUGCCUGUGCAUGUGAUAGAGAGCGUGGUUUCCAGAGAGAUGGACCAGCGCUAUCUGCAGUUUGACAUCAAGGCAUUUGUGGAGAACAAUCCAUCCAUCCGUUGGUGUCCUGCAGCUCGUUGCGAGCGGGCGGUGAGGCUGACCCGACCGGGCCCGGGGGACACUGACCCAUCAAGCUUCCCCCUUCUGCCCUCACCUGCUGUUGAUUGUGGAAAGGGUCACCUCUUCUGCUGGGAGUGCCUUGGCGAGGCCCACGAGCCAUGUGAUUGUCAGAUGUGGAGGAACUGGCUCCAGAAAGUCACAGAGAUGAAGCCUGAAGAGUUGGCAGGUGUGAGCGAGGCCUAUGAGGAUGCUGCUAACUGCCUGUGGCUGCUGACCAACUCCAAACCGUGUGCCAACUGCAAGUCUCCCAUUCAGAAGAAUGAGGGCUGCAACCACAUGCAGUGUGCCAAGUGUAAGUAUGACUUCUGUUGGAUCUGUCUGGAGGAGUGGAAGAAACACAGCUCAUCAACAGGUGGCUACUAUCGCUGUACUCGCUAUGAGGUCAUCCAGCAGCUUGAAGAGCAGUCCAAAGAGAUGACUGUAGAGGCAGAAAAGAAGCACAAAAGUUUCCAGGAGCUGGACCGUUUCAUGCACUACUACACUCGCUUCAAGAACCAUGAACACAGUUACAAGUUGGAACAAAAGCUGCUAAAAACGGCUAAAGAGAAGAUGGAGCAGCUGAGCAGGGCCUUCAUUAGCCGUGAAGGCACUCCCCCAGACACACGCUUCAUUGAGGACGGCGUGACUGAGCUGCUGAAGACGCGGCGCGUGCUGAAGUGCUCUUACCCAUACGGCUUCUUCCUCCAGCAGGGCAGCACCCAGAAAGAGAUAUUUGAGCUCAUGCAGACUGACUUAGAGAUGGUCGUAGAGGAUCUGGCCCAGAAGGUCAACCGUCCGUACCUGAGGACGCCGUGCCAUAAGAUCAUCAGCGCGGCCCGCCUGGUGCAGCAGAAGAGGCAGGAGUUCUUGGCAUCAGUGGCCCGUGGCGUCGCUCCCAAUGACUCUCCAGAGCCUCCUCGCAGGAAUUACCCUGGAGGAUCGUGGGAUUGGGAGUACCUUGGCUUUGCUUCUCCUGAGAUGGGAAGUCGGCACUCCGUACUGGCGGCAGAUCAGAGAGAGAGACAGUCGCAGGAUUAUGCUGACAUCCAGUACCGUCGCAGACACAGACCACGGCGCAGAGGAGACAUGCUGAGUUUGCACAGCCUUAGAAGCAGCAGUAACACACCAGAGACCAGCAGGAGGAGUGACAACACAGAAGGCACGGAGAGGGGCGAGGGUCGCAGGAGAGCGCUCGGCUCGCUCGACGAAGACGAUCCCAACAUCCUUCUGGCCAUCCAGCUGUCGCUGCAGGAGUCGCGCCGAGAACGAGGACUGGAGGGAGGGAUGGAGGGGAGGGUGGAUCAGGAGAGAAGAGCGGCUCCAGCGGGAGACCUGGUCGAUGCUGUUUUACACUCUCUCAACACAGAGGGUCCUCCAGGAGCCAGAGGCUCAUCCUUCCCCGCGUCCAUCCUGGAUCCUCCUCACCCGCCUAACAGGACAGACUCCACCUCCCAGCCUUGUGUAUCCAGCUCCCUCCCCCUCCCUCCACCUCCUCCCUCCCUCAGCGCAGAGCUGCUGGAGCUGGGAGACAGCCUUAUGAAACUGGGGAGCAUAACCACUCCUUACGACCUGGACACAAACACGCAGGAGCAGCUCAGCUCACACCACACAUACAUACACAGUACACAUGCUGCUCCUUACACCACUGAACCUGCCUGCAGCAACCCCAGCAGCCACAGACAGGAUCAGAGUGCACUGACUGCCCCAUAUGUGCUCGAUCAUAUCACCAUCACAGACCCUCGUUAUGACAGCAAAGAGCAGACUUCCUGCCAUUUGAGUGCAUAUUUAGCCAAGGCUGAGCACGCCGCCUCCUGCCUCCCCGCUCCAAACCCCGCACAUCCUAGUUCCUAUAGCCGGGAACAUGCAGCCACGUACAACAGCAACCCUAAACCAGACAGCUCCUACAACCCCUGCCCCGAACACAGCAGCUCUUACACCGCAGAGCGCCCUGCUGCCUACGCCGUCGAACGUCCCCCUAAAUCAGACCCCCAGCCCCCUACCCAGUUGUGCCUCCCAUCUCCAGAGCUUGAGCCAGAGCUGCUGCUCUCACCAGUGAUUCCCCCAGGGGGCCCUUUCACCCCCAGUGACCCUCAGAGCCUGGAGCCCUUGGACCCCACAGCCAGCGCUCAGCUGCUGGAUAACAUCAUGGCCUGGUUUAACAACAACAUAAACCCCCAGAAUAACCCGCAGAGCCUGGCUCUCAUCCCCUCCCCGCCCACCACAGAGACAGACUCCUCUCCCGACACACACACCGAGACUGAGAGCCAGACCUCCGCCCCCAUCCGGCAGCCCCUGGAGGGCGAGUCGGAAGUAGGCAGAGGAUCGGCGACCGGCCCACCGGGAGCCAAGGGCGUGAAGACGUCGAGGCCGAGCACUCUGGAGCUGGAAAAAAGAGACGCUGGAGAAGAGGGUGUGGACGCAGGGUGUGUGGCUGACCUGUCGCUGGACGAAGCGCACACACACCCGCAUUCACACUCCCAACAUGGAAACAGUCCCGCACACACUGCCCCGGCAAUGGAGAGAGACUCAGACCUCGUCCUUCAGUUAGAGGAGGAGCGGUCACCUGAAGAGUGGACGGAGCAGGAACACCUAGUGUGAAAGUGACAGAUGUAGAGAGAAAGAGAAGGUAGAGCCGAGAUAAAGAGAAAGAAAACCAAUCAGAGAGAAGCACUGAUGGAUGAUGCAAGAUGUGUGAUGGUGGUGCCUGUGUUUGGGGGGUGGAGUGUUUACUGUAUGUAUUAUACUGUAUUUAGAGAGGACUUAAAGACCUGCGGACUCUGUCCAGUAAAGAUGAUGUCAUACACGUUUUGAUUAUUUUUAAGUGCUUUUUGUCUGCUCUAAAAACAGACAAAUUAUUCUUUGAAGUGUUUAAACCAUGAACGGAGAGCUACUGAUAUCAUAACACAACAAAAUGCUCCGUGUUUUAGUUUAGUUUAGUUUUUUUCUUAUUUUAAUUUAAUUCCCCACCUCUUCUGUUUGUCUCCUAAGUUUGUUCAGGGUGAAGUUUUGGUGCUGUUCAUGCUGAAAUCCAAACUUGCCUCAUUUAACUACACUUGAUUCUCACACUAACCCAACCACAAGCCAGUUCAGAGCUCCAAGAGCCAAAUAUAUGAAGAUAACUGUAACUUUGGAGCCUGUUUAUAGCGUGCUGUACAAUCAGAGGGCCUAAUUCUGAUUUCUGGACCUUCAUGCACACUGUGCCUGUUUGUGUUAGUGCCAAUACAGUCCUGAUCUUUCUUUUCAGCAGACUGGCACAGUCUGCUGCGUAAACGUCACACUAUUACAGCACCUCUCUGCACGUGAAGGUCAGAGGCUGCAGAGCAGCGCCCAUAAAGCUGGAAGUUCAGUGGGUGCUUGUUUGCAGAGCAGAUUGAGUUCUGUUUUUUUUUUUUUUUUUUUUCUGGGGGGGGGUUGUUUUUGUUUGUUUUUUUUGCUACUCGCUGCACAUUUCAAAUGUUUUGUAUCAAAGAUGCAUCUUCAUGUUUAAUCUGCAGAGAUUUACAGUGUUUUUCUGCCACUUUGGCUCAGUGUUAGUGCACCAGAUCUCACGUAGCACACAAAAUACAGUGGGUAUUAAAUGAGGUAAUGCAUCAACCAAUCAAAUUAAUCUGAGAAUAAUGAUAUCCAGUAUUUAACCUCCUCAGAUCAUUCAUACUUGCUUUGAUUUUAAAAAAACUACAAAUAUCACAGAGGAAAUAAUUUGGCAUUUUAAGCUGAAGACUAACUUCAGAAUGAUCCUUUACUUUAUUAAACCUGAUAAAUAAAAUACAGUCAAAAGGUUUAAAGUGCUUCAAACAAGUCGUCCAAUCAAAAUUAUUAAAUGUUAAACCAAUUAAAAGAGUAAACAGUUAGCAGAUGGUAAACUAAGAUAUGCUUUAUCACUUUGGAUUAUACACAAUGUGUUUUUAAAGUUUGACUUUACACUGCAGCACAUUUAAACAAGCUGAUUUUUCAUAAAAAGCGAGAUUUCAGCCACUUUCACAAGUUUUGUCUUCACAGAAGCUGUUGUAAACGGUGUUUAUACGACUGUAAAAUAAAUGAGAAUAUAUUGUUAAAACGCUGCUGCACUGAUUCAUGAAUCUGUUUGUUUGGCGCUCGUGUGAGCUGGUUCUUUGAGUCGUGCGGUUUCUGAGCCAAAGCAGGCAUAACAAAUACUGUAAAUGUGAGCACAUUUUAUGGUUUUAUGUAACUUUUUAUCAUAUCUUUUCCACUACUUAUAGCGCCCUGCAGUGUGCUCUAAUCGAUGGGACGUGGGUUUGGGUUUCUGCUGUAUUUGAUUCUUUUUAUUCCUUUAAUUAUAGAGAAGAUGUUUCUUUCUGUUGAGACCAGAGUUGUUGGAUCUGUGUGCCUUUUUCUUUGUUUUGUUUUGUUCUGAUUGUAUUUAUCUGUUGCUAUUUAUUAGUGUCAUUGCUUUUUAAACAUGCUUCAUAAUGAAAGAUGAUGAUGAUGAUGAUAACACUUUAAUACACUGAUUUUGUUUAAUCCCCCCCCACGGGUGAGUCGCAGCGCCCACAUUUUCAGCCCUGAAUGAAAAACCUCUUUGAGCCUCUCUGAAGGAAUCCGCUGCUUUUCCAUGAUGAUCAAAAAACACUUUAUGUGAAUGUUGAACUUUGAUUUGACGCCGCCUUGGAAAUGUAACUGCUGGGAUGUCAUCAAGCCUCAAAUCUUUAAACUUUAUUGCCCAAAUACAAUGUUUACAAGGGAACUAAACACUGCCUGCUGUGAUGAGGACUGAUUUGGUGCUCUGGGGAGUGAAAUGAGAAUAAAUGUGGGGAUUUUAAAUGUCCUUUGAUGGCAUGCCAAA